GUAAAAACGUCAAACGAGGUGAAAUUCCCAUUGCAAUGGAUCGGAAGACGUACUACGUGCGCGUUUCAUACUUUUAAUAAAAUUGAAUAAAUUUUUGUUAAUACAAUGAGUAAAAUUUUUAAAAAUAUAAAUUAAUCAAUAUGCAUUUCGCAAGCAAUAAAACAAAAGUGCAAUAAUUGAAAUUUUAACAAAAAAUUUAAUGAAAAUGUUAAAAAAACAAAAACGAAGAGCAAUCUAAAAGUAACUAGAAAACAACCAACAACACUAACAACAAUAAAAGAAACAAGACGCAAAUAAUAAAUUUGCAUAUCAAAUAAUAUAAAUUAUUUAAAUAAAAUUUGUGUUCUAUUUUGCAAUAAAUAAAACGUCUAUAAAGCCAAAAUAAAUAAAUGAAAUAUUAUUUUAACUUACUUUAACGUACUGCAUUUGCAUUUUAUUAAACGGUGCUGCUUUAAAGUGCUCUGCUGACAUGGUAGCAGCUAGCACGAGCAGCACCAAUUUCCAAACAUUAAUAACCCAAACCCAAACCCCACAUUAUACAAAACGAAGUACUUGCAGAAAUACCACCGACGUCAACAUCGAAAUCGGAAUCGACUUCAACGUCUACGUCAACGUCAACGUCAGCAGCAGCAGCAACAACAGUACAAUUGCAGCAGCAAAGGAAGCAGUAGUAGCAAACGAAAGCAGUAAGCAGCAGGAGCAGAAUUAAGAAAAAUCAAUAAAAAUUUGCCACUAGCCUUAAAAGCGAAAAUAGCAUAAGAAAAUUAUAUGUUUAGUGUGUUUUGUUGUUGUUGUUUUCGUUGUUGUUAUAUUUCUUGUUGUAUGCUAUAUGGUCCCGUACAUUGCGUAUUUAUGUAUCGUUCGUCACUUUGUGUGCGUGUGUAAUUUCAACAUUCGUAUGUGCACAGAAAAAAAUGUUAUUAGUGCGCGGCAAUGAGGGAGGUGUAAAGUAGGUGAAAUUCUUCCUGCAAAAGGAUAUUGAAAAUAUUCAAAUAAAUGUAUUAUACUUUUUAUUAUAAAAAGUAUUAAAGAAAUGUAAGCUUCUUAAGUGCGAAACUGUGUAAAGUUAAGCAAAAACAAACAUAAACGAUAAGAAAUAAAAUUAAAAAAAAAAAAAGUAAAACGCAAACACAAAUUCAUUUAAAUAGAAUAUAAAAGGAAAUCAAGUGGAAUUAAGUGAAGCUAGCGUUAGAGGACAGCAACGACUCGCACACAACACAACACACCACGGCACAAGAACACACCAACAACAACAACAAUUGCCAUGCUUUUGAAGGCAGUUAAAAGGAUUCACGGCAUUUGGUAUUGAUUGAUUUAUGAGUGUGUCACCGAAGAAAGCAACAAAGCAACAAGGACCGCACUUACACCAAUCAACAAACAAUAUACAAAUUGUCUAAUGAUUACUGGAAUUAAAGUAUACCAAAAAUCGUUACUCACCACUAGUACACAUGCAUGAAAACGCCUACCAAAAACGAAAUUCCCAACAACACAAACACCUAGAUUACUCCAAUAAAUAAGUUCCAUAAUAUAUACAGAAACGUAUAUAUAUACAGAAACAAACCUGAAUAAAAGGAUGAAUGUAAUGCGUAAAUUGCGUGGUGCCGGCGGCACACCGAGUGGCACCAGUGGCAGUGCCAGCAAUACAUCAAACGGUACUCCAACUCCGCCGCUAGCCAGUAAUAAUGAUGCCAAAUUCAAUUUUCGCAUGGAAACGCAUUUGUAUCAUUUGAAAGAGCUUUUUAAUGAAUAUACGCAUCCAAAGGAACCGCUCAGUGAGCUGGAACGUGAUUUGAAAUUAUAUCAAAUGCUUCCACUCUUUUGUAAAGUAUUCAGUGCUUGUCCUUCGGCAGAUAUGAGUGAAAAGUUUUGGGAUGUUGUGGCCUUCUGUCAACAAGUGUCACGUCUUAUGGUCAAUGAAAUACGGAAACGUGCUUCAAAUCAAAGCACCGAGGCUGCCUCAAUUGCGAUAGUAAAGUUUUUAGAGAUUGAAAUGACUGAGGAAACGAGCAGUGGUUGGAUGCUGUUAUCCACACUGAAUUUGUUAGCUAACGGCGAUGUAUCCUUAAUACAGGUUAUGACAGAUGCAUCCGUUCCAUCUACGCUGGUGAAGUGUUUAUAUUUAUUUUUUGAUUUGCCUGCUGUAGAGGAUGAUACACCUUAUGCGACAGGUGCUAAUAUUAGCGACUUUAAUGCAUUUGAAAGACGAACGUUAUUGCAGAAAGUAUUUGUUCAACUGCUUGUUAAAUUAUGUUCAUAUCCAUAUCCAGCAGAGGAGUUGGCUCGAAUGGAUGAUUUGACUUUGUUGUUUGCGGCGAUAACCUCACCGUGUCCCACACAUAACAUUGUGUGGCGAAAAAAUGCUGCUGAACUUUUAACUACAAUUUCACGACAUGGUCUCACUGAUCCGGUUGUCAGCUAUAUACAUUCCAAGGGCUGCAUGGCUUUAUGUGUUGAUAAUAUGCAACGUCUAACCUUUGGUAACCCUCUAGAAAUUGUAGAAAUGUUCGUUGCUGUGUUUUGCUUUAUAAAGGACUCUAGUCAAGUAUCACAAAUAUUAAUGGAUGAUUUUAGAGCUUCUAAUGGCUAUGUGUUUUUGAAUGAUUUUUUGCUCAGGUUUGACACUUCACGUACUCAUUCAAUUGAAGUUCAAGCAGCCAUCAGAAAUCUCGUGCUCAUGAUUUCCUCACUUUGCAUGUGUGGUUUCAAUGAAAUUCGUCCACCGCAGGCACAAAUCAAUACGCUUUUUAAAAUGCAAAAUUUUCAAAUGCCACAAUCUAACUCACGCGAAACUUGUGUACGCAAUAUAUACGCAUUUCAAGUUCUGCAAGCGGUCUUCCUGAAGUCGACAUCACCAGCUCUUUGUUGCACCAUACUUGACGCUAUAUCGCGUGUUUAUCACUCGGAUAAUGCAAAUUAUUUUAUACUCGACUCUGAGAAUACGUUAAGUCAAUUCACGGAACGUAUACACCAUAAAGGACCACAAAUACAAGAAAAGUUUUUUGAUCUCUUAGAGUUUAUUGUGUUUCAAUUGAACUUUGUUCCGUGCAAGGAGUUGAUAAGUCUCUCUCUGCUGCUGAAAAAUAAUCAGUCCACAAGUUGCAGCAUUUUGUGCUUGAAAACGUUGCUGAAUAUACUGCGGCACAAUAGCGUCUUUAAGGACGUUUACCGUGAAGUUGGCAUUUUAGAAGUGUUUGUUACUUGCCUGAAUCGUUAUGCGGAGCAUGUACGUAAAAUAACGAAUAAUGAUGAGAAUAUUGUGUUGCCUAGUACGGAUGUAGAGGAUUUGGCGGAUACAAUGGGAAAGCAUGUGCUUGAGGCUUUAACUAUAUUACUAAGUGGUAGCAAUAAUAAUGCAAAUGUAUUUCGUGACUGUGGUGGUGCUAAGUGUGUACAGGAUUUGGUUAAGUUUAAGCAUUGCCGACCACAGGCGCUGGGUAUCAUCAGAGAACUUAUUUUAUCAUCUGGUGGUGAUGACGAUAUGCUAUUCAUAUUAUCUGUAAUGCAUGCCGUACCACCAUAUCAGGUUGAAUUUAAAAUUCAAAUAUUAAAUAUGUUGCUUGGCUGUCUAAAAGACUCUCACCGCACACGCACUGUAUUUCGUAAAGUAGGUGGUUUUGUGUAUUUAACAAGUGUGUUUGUAUCACUAGAUGGUAAAUUAUGUGAUGAGCCUUUGGCUAAUGUUGAGCCAGAUAUGCAAAUGAUAUCACAAGAUGAUCUUAUACUGCUUUUGCAAAUUGUUUGUCAAACACUUGCUACUGCAAUGCGUUUUGAGCCAGCAAAUGCAAAAUUCUUCCAUCAAGAAAUUUGUACCGCAUCGUUAUGUGAUACUCUACGUUUAUUGGGUUGUUUUGGGACCGCUGUAGAAUUACCAGACUUUAAAGGUGAUUUCAAAGGAGAUAAUCCAACUCAAAAGUAUUAUCAUGAAGUAUUUUCUGGUGACAUACUCAAUUAUAGUUUUAGCAAAAAUACUCCACGUUCUCUGUCAUAUGUUUGCGUAGUUUAUCGCCUACUUUAUAGUAUAUCUUUGGAUAAUUUCGAAACACCAAAUUUAAAUGGCAUCAUAACAUUAUUUAACGAUCAGCAUUCACGUUCGCCAAGUAAAGAACUUCCCACGGCACAUCCAAAUCAAUUAAUUUUAACACAGCCUACGCCUGAACCACGUAUUGUUCAUCCAGGCGUUGUACUCUGCAUGUUGCAGCUGUUACCUAGUAUAACGCAAGAAGACGAACCCAUGCAAGCAAUGAAUUUACAAGUAUACCUUAGCGAAAUUAUUAAAUCUUUAGUACGAAACGAACGCAAUCAACAAAUUAUGUGUGACUAUGGGCUUGCAGAACAUUUACUGAAGAUAGCACGCAAGGCACUCUCAGAAGAAUCCAAUCCCCUACAUGUGCCAAUGCAAUAUAUUUUAGAAAGACUGGCUGCACAAGCUUUGCAGCCCACAGAGUUGCGUGAAUUUUUGCGUUUAGGUGAGCCGCUUUCUUGCGCCAACAUAGAUUUACACAAGCCGUAUCUUAUGGGUGGACCAGUACCAUUAACACGUAUUAAAACGCUUGUAUCUAUGACAACACCACGUGAUUUUCGUGCACAUGGAUCGAGUACAUUACCACCGUUUGUUGAAAUGGAUAUGUCCGCAGAAGGUUUUGGUUGUUUGUAUCUUCCGUCAUUGGCUCCACAAGCUUCGGCCACUUCUGGCGGUACCAUAGAUGCAAACACUAUUGGAGGUAUUGGUUCUGGCGAUCGCAUAUUUCCACCACAAACUGGUCUAUCAUUUUCAACUUGGUUUUGUGUUGAAAAAUUUUCAGACCCUAAAACAGAUCCACACUGUGUACGCUUGCUUACUUUAGUACGUACGAUACAUAAUCCGCGCGAGGAGAAUUUAGUUUGUUUAUCUAUAUUGCUUUCAGCUAGAGAUAAAGCAAUUGUAGUAUCCACACAGGAAACACUUGUUACUCCUAGCAAAAGUUUGGGCGAUUGGGAACCAGAAGGUACAGAUGAUGGCAGUGCACGUAUUUGGUGUCCUGAUUUAUUACAUGAAGGACAAUGGCAUAACCUUGUUGUGGUGUUGAAUCGAGCUGUGUUGAAAAAUUCUAGUCUUACAUUGUAUUUAGAUGGCACUCCUAUGCACACACAAAAAUUGCAUUAUAUAUCACAAAAUCCAGGUGCUGGUUCUGUAAAUUUAGCGGUAGCUAGCCAAGUUUUUGGUUAUAUUGGCACUCCACCCAUCUGGCGUCGUUAUUCUCGCUUAUGCUGGAAACAAGGCGUUUGCCAUUUGUUAGAAGAUGUUUUAACGCAACAAACUGUGCAAAUAAUAUACAAUUUGGGUCCACAUUAUAUGGGCUCAUUGCAGGCGCCGCAAAUUGGGAAACAAAGUGAGCCUUUGCCACCACUUGUGCCAGAAGAUCGCGUACUUUUAGGUCUUAAUGCAAAGGCUGUAUCUCAAUUGACAUUAGUCAAAAUACGCAAGGUAUAUAGCCGCGCAGACAACAAAUCAAUAGCCAAGCAGUUGGGCAUGAAUUCUCACGAAAACGCAACACCCAUAAAAAUACUGCAUAACUCUGCUGGGCAUUUAGCUGGUGCAGGACGUUCUCUUGGUGGCGUAGUUGUGGGUUACUUAGGUGUGCGUGUAUUUAGUCCACAUCCUGUGUCAGCUAUGAUUGACACAGUUGGUGGUUGUAAUGUUCUGCUUGGUAUUAUUGCUAUGGCACAAGAUGUUGAGUCACUUUAUGCUGGUGUCAAAGCACUUACAUGCGUAGUAAGAAGCAAUCGCGCAGCACAAAGUGAAAUGGAUCGAAAGCGUUGUUACCAAACGUUGGGCAUGUUCUUUAAAAAGAAAAAGAAUCUGUUGAACUCACAUAUACUUCAUUUAACUUUUGGUCUAGUUGGUACAGUGAAUAGUGGCCAAGAAAUGUCUGCUAUACCAAAUAUAACAGCAUUCCAGGACUUACUGUGUGACUUGGAAAUAUGGCAUAAUGCUCCAAAUGGUUUAUUACGUUCUCUACUGGAACAUCUGCUGGAACUAGCAGUUGAAUCUAAUGAAAAGAAGCAAAAUAUAAAAAUUAUGCGUGAUCUACAAUUACUGAACAAGUUAUUACUCAUUAUAAUUGAUAUACAAGACCAUUCCACACGUGAGAUACUACUUAAUUUAGUUGAGACUUUACUCGGAGGUCAACCAAGACAUACUGACUUAUUGCUCUUUGGCCAAUACUGUGCUGCAAAGUUACCAAAACCAGAUCAAGCGGAAAGGUCUAUAUUAUUACCUACAAUGAAAGCAUCCGUUAAUAUCGCGGGCAAUUUGAGCGCAAGUGAAUCUGAUGCUAUAGCGCAAAAUAUUUAUCUUCGUAAUCGCUGUCUAUCAUUACUACAUGGUUUGCUUUUUACACCUCGAAAUACUGUCAAUUAUAUAAUAUGCGACGAUAUUUCAAAAACGCUUGGCAUGGACUGGCUAUUGCUUUUCAUGCAACCACAUGUGCAUUUUACAACUGUCAUCAUAUCUGUCCGCAUAUUGGUGGUAAUAUGCGCAAAUGAAAGUUUUUUAGUGCGAUUUCGUGAUGCAACAUACAAUGGUGGAUAUUUACGGUUUACCGAAAUGGUUUCACAGAAAAAGAUACUGGGCAUAGGAGCUCAGCAAUUAAACGCGGGUUCUCAGAAUAAUCCAGGAUCGGUUUUAGUUAGUACUGCUAACGUACUACAACAUCUUCCUACACAAAUAGCUGGUGAGGUGAGAACGUCUGCUUUAAAUAUACCAGGUUUCCAAAUGCUUGAUUGGUUAUUGCAGCAUCAUUUAGAUGUACCAGAGCUAUACUUUCUUAUAACAGCAUUGAUUAUGGGUCAACCAGUUAAGCUUUUAGCUACGGAACAUACAAAGUUCGAUUUGGAUCGUGUCUGGUCGUUUCUUUGGGGUGCGCCAGUUUCUGCCAAUAAUGUUACACCGAAAAUGAAUGUUUGUCCAGAAGCAGUUUGCGUAUUACUCGGCAUGGUGCGAGCUAUUGUACACGCAAACGAAUAUGCUGAAUGGCUUAAUAGUCAUCCAGAGACAAUAAUUCAGCUAUUGUUCAGCUUAUAUCAAAAUCUUACUGAUUUCAUGCCAGUUAUGAUGUCUGGCGAUGUUGUAACUUCCUUAGUGGCAGUAUUGUUUCCAAAUGCCAAAGAACCAACUGUUGAAUCUGGACCUAAUAGUGGAAAUUCAACACCUACUGAUAGCUCAGGAUGUUUUGUUUUAAAUCCAAAUAGUUCAACCUUGGUGCAACCACACAAACUUACUCAACAUCCAGUACGUAAAUGUAUCAUAGAUUUUUUGCGUGUAAUAGUGGUUGACUCAUUGAGUUUAAAUAUGCACAGUAAAUCCACACCUGUUGUAGAUUUAGUGUUAGAUGCUUCACCUGAAGCAAGCGAUAUGCUAUUGCAAGUGGAAUAUCAAACUGAAAUCAUAUCAGCACUUAUGGAUCAUCUGUUAGCUGCAGAUGUUUUAGUAGGUGAACAAGCUGCUCUGCCUCUAGUGCCCUUGUUACAAAGUCAUACGCAACAUAUCGCACCAAAUGUUUUCUAUUUUACUGCACGAGUUGUUGAUAAAAUGUGGCAAGGUUGUUUAACGCGUAAUCCACAUGAUAUUUUUGAUUUUAUAAUAAAAUUAAUUGCUCAAGCCAAAAGAAGGUCGUCAACGUUGACAAUUGAACAAUUGCAUCACUCACUUAACCGUACAAUAUUGUUUUUGUUGUCAAGACCUACUGAGGCAAUAACCGAACAAAUGAGCGUCUUGGAGGCGUUACAUAAAAUAAUCACACAUCGUCUGCUCAUUUUUGGUGCUGGUAACCACGAAUUAGAAUUUAUUGGCUGUCUAACAUAUUGCUUACUACAGCUUACCGCUGAUAUGAAAAUUAUUUUAGAACCUUCAACUUCACGGAAUACCACUUGGCAUGUAAACCCACAAACCGAAGUAAUGGAACCAAAAGAUGAAGAUCUGAAUCAAUUACAGGGUCGUAAUUUAAUUGUUGGAGCUGCUUUUCGAGUCUGGGAAGAGCUGUAUGUUUGUAAGAAACCAGCAAUUGAAGAAGUAUUUAAAAUUUCGUUAACUCCACCGCCGGUUAACUCAAAGGCACCGGAUCUACAAACUACAAGAGAGCAAGUUAUGGAAUUGGCUUCCAAAUUGUGGUUCAAUUACGUCGAUGCAGAACGGAAAGCUUCAUAUCGCAUACCAUGGGAAAUACAUAACCAAAUUCAGUCGAAAAUACAGAAAGUAACAGGUGGGCUAACGCGUCUUGCCAGUCGUACUAAAGUCAAAAAAGAUGAACUAGUACGUACCAAAUCAACGAUGAGUAAAGAAAGCGCUUUCGAUUGCACAGCUAUACAUGUGCAAUUGAUAAAGGAUCUUUGGGAGUUACGUUGCAAACAGUACAUGCAAAUGCUACAACAUACGCAACGCUAUGUUUUUCAAGACUGGGUACAAUCGGAAACCGAAUUAACGCGAGAACGUGGUCUUUGGGGACCAGAGGGUAGCUCGUCAUUGGACAAGUGGAUUUUAGAUACUACAGAAGGUCCUCAUCGCAUGCGUAAGAAGACUAUGAGAAAUGAAUUAUUUUAUCUACAUUAUCCAUAUCGACCAGAAAUUGAAUUGCCUGAUAAUCGUCAAUUAAAAUUCAAAGUUGCCACCAGUUUCGAUAGUAAAAUCUAUUAUACACAUUGUCAACAACCGCCACGCAUACUCUGCGAGACUGAUACAAUGCAACUUCAACAACAACAAUCACUCCAGCAGCAAAACUCCGUAGAUGCCAACCAAAAGCAACAACAAAAUGCUCAGAAUGUUUCUGCAGUGCAAUUGCAAACGACCAAAAAUGAACUGAACACUGGUAGUACAGAAACGCCACCACAAUCGCCGCAUGAUCGGCAGCGUUUACAGCAAACGCAAGAAUCAGUCGAUGGUGCUGGAGCGCAAGAAGAAGAUGAAGAAGACGAAGAUACAUCUAUGAUGUCUGAUAAUGAAACAUUUUUACGUCUGUUGGAGGAACAAGAAAAGAUAUCAUUUAUGUUUCGUUGUGCGCGCAUACAAGGUCUUGAUACUUUUGAAGGGUUGCUGCUUUUUGGCAAGGAGCAUUGCUAUAUAGUUGAUGGUUUCACUUUGUUAAAAAAUCGUGAAAUACGAGAUAUUGAUACGCUACCACCGGGUGCAUAUGAUCCUAUAAUACCAAAUUCAGGAGGCACUACGCGUACUCAUAAAAUACGUCAAUGUUCAAAAUUCGCUUAUGAGGAAAUACGAGAAGUGCAUAAGCGACGUUAUUUGUUGCAACCUAUUGCGUUAGAAGUUUUCUCUGAAGAUGGUCGCAAUUAUCUGUUGAGUUUUCCUAGGAAAGUACGGAAUAAGGUUUAUCAACGUUUUAUGUCGCAAGCCACCGCUAUCAACGAUAAUGCACAACAAUCAGUUGCUGGUCAAAAGCGUACUGCUAGCGUUGAACAAACAUCUGGUAUUUUUAGUAGUCUUAUUGGUGAAACCUCAGUUACACAACGUUGGGUGCGUGGUGAAAUUUCAAACUUCCAAUAUCUAAUGCAUUUAAAUACGCUUGCUGGUCGUUCAUAUAAUGAUCUUAUGCAAUACCCAGUAUUUCCGUGGAUAGUGGCUGAUUAUGAAUCUGAAGAAUUGGACUUCAAUAAUCCAAAAACAUUCCGUGAUUUUUCAAAGCCAAUGGGUGCACAAUCAGAGGAACGCUUAGAACAAUUUCAGAAGCGCUAUAAGGAAUGGGAUGAUCCACAUGGUGAAACACCUCCGUAUCAUUAUGGUACUCAUUACAGUUCCGCAAUGAUUGUUUGCUCAUAUCUUGUGCGUUUGGAACCAUUCACACAACAUUUUCUACGCUUACAGGGAGGGCAUUUUGAUUUAGCUGAUAGAAUGUUUCACAGUAUUAAAGAGGCUUGGCUGUCUGCAUCUAAAUUUAAUAUGGCCGAUGUGAAGGAACUAAUUCCUGAAUUUUACUACCUUCCGGAAUUCAUAAUGAAUUCCAAUAACUUUGAUUUGGGUACAAAGCAAAAUGGUGAAACACUGAGUGAUGUUAUAUUACCGCCAUGGGCUAAACAGGAUCCUAGAGAAUUUAUAAGAGUACAUAGGAGUGCCUUAGAGUGUGAUUACGUUAGUCAAAAUUUACACUUGUGGAUUGAUUUAAUAUUUGGGUGCAAGCAACAAGGUCCUGCUGCUGUUGAGGCUGUUAAUGUAUUUCACCAUCUAUUUUAUGAAGGCAAUGUGGAUAUUUACAAUAUCGAUGAUCCACUUAAGAAAAAUGCAACAAUAGGCUUUAUUAAUAAUUUUGGACAAAUACCAAAGCAAUUAUUCAAGAAACCACAUCCCGCUAAGAAAAUGGCUAACUCCAGGCAUUCUACAUUAAUAGAUGCUGGUGCGUUAAUACAAGGAAAUACAACUGUACUACAGUCAGAUCGUAUGUUCUUUCAUAAUUUGGAUAAUUUGAAACCAAGUUUGCAACCAAUAAAAGAACUGAAAGGACCUGUGGGACAAAUAUUGCAACCAGAUAAGACUGUAUUUGCUGUUGAACAAAAUAAGGUUAUAAUGCCACCUUCAUAUGCGAAGUACAUCGCUUGGGGUUUUGCUGAUCAUUCACUUCGCAUUGGCCUUUAUGAUACUGAUCGUGCUUCGUUUGUAUCCGAAGCUGCGGCUCAAAAUUCUGGAGAAAUUUUAACAUGUGCUUGUCCUAAUGCCAAAAUGAUAAUAACAGCUGGCACAAGUUCUGUCGUCACAAUAUGGAAAUUUGAUGCAAAUCGUAAAAGUUUAACAGUGCGACACUCUUUGCAUGGGCAUACGGAUGCAGUGACAUGCCUGGCAGCAAGUUCGGCAUUUAAUGUUGUGGUUUCAGGUUCACGUGAUGGCACUGCAAUUGUGUGGGAUAUGGCACGCUUCACAUUUGUGCGCCAGUUACGUAGUCAUGUGGGUGUAGUUGCUGCUGUUGCCAUCAACGAAUUAACUGGUGAUAUUGCGACAUGCUCUGCAACUUGGUUACAUGUUUGGUCGAUAAAUGGCGAUCCUCUGGCGAUGGUAAAUACUUGCGUAGGAAGUGCAGAUCGUAUGCAACAAAUUUUAUGUGUUGCAUUCUCACAAAUUCGAGAGUGGGAUCAACAGAAUGUGGUUAUUACUGGCUCAACUGAUGGUGUUGUUAGAAUGUGGUCUCUGGAGUAUGUACAAGUACCAAUAGAACGAAAGCUCAAAAGAAGUGCUGAAAUUUCUUCGCAAGAAAAACCAGAAGUUAGUACGGAAAAAGAAAAUAAAGCAAAGGAAGUGCAUGAAGAAAAAACUGAUGCAAGUAAAACUAUUGAAAUAUUAAAACAAAUGAAGAAUCUUUCAUCCCAAGAGGAAAAUGAAAUUGUUAAAUCAGCAUCAGAGAGCAGUAUUUCGGAGGCAUCUAACGUGUCAACAGAAUCUGAUAAAAAAGAAACGAAUAAAAGCGAUCAAAAUGAUCAUUCAAUGGAAAGACGAAAAAGUUCGUUGUCUGGCGCCAAAUCAUUACAUGAAAUGAAAACUUCCACUGUUGACGAUAACACUAAUAACAAACACGUUGAAGAUGAGGAGCGUAGUAUACGACCGAGUAAAUCGGAUACGAGUCUUACAGAUGGUUUUGUUAUGAUCGAAAAUGACAAGCACAAAGGUGAUCAUGUGCUACGAAAAGGAUUUAAAUGGCAACGCCAAUUAAUGUUUCGCUCUAAACUAACAAUGCAUACUGCUUACGAUCGUAAGGAUAAUGCAGAACCGGCAAGUAUUACUGCUCUGACUGUUUCCAGGGAUCAUAAAAUUUUAUAUGUUGGCGAUGCACGUGGUCGUAUAUUUUCAUGGAGUGUUACUGAACAGCCCGGUCGUGGUGUUGCAGAUCAUUGGCUCAAAGAUGAAGGUGCUGAUCAAUGUGUUAAAUGUCAUGUCAAAUUCAACUUAUAUGAGCGCAAGCAUCAUUGCCGUAAUUGUGGUCAAGUAUUUUGUAAUAAAUGCAGUCGUUUCGAAUCAGAAAUUUCGCGUUUACGUAUACUUAAGCCCGUACGUGUAUGUCAAGCUUGCUACAGUCAAUUGCGUACAAAUUCUGUGGAUCAUUAA